CAGUUAUCUAGACACCUUCCCCUUAAAUAUCUCGUGAAUGAUGUAGAGAUUUAAAAUAAGUUUCAAAUGUGAAUUUUAUAGAUUAUUUGGAGCAAAAACAUCAUACGAAGACAACCAAGUGUUACAAGCACUUGAUAUGGCAUUUUAUAGACCACCAAGAUUUGGCGAAAGGGCUGAAGCUUGUCGAAACAGACCAGAGACGUGUUUGCAAGGCAAUUAUUCAAUAUAUAUGAAAUUUAGAAGCAAUUGUACUGAUCUACUUACGUACUGCUCGUAUAAUGAUGAAAAGUUUGACUGCUGUUCAGAUUUCCUACCCGUGGAUACUGGAUUUGGAACCUGUUUCGCCUUCAAUAAUUAUCACGGAGACCCUUCCAGGGUAAGAUUUAACAUAACAAAGCAGAUGUCUAUGUUGACAGUAGAAGCCAAAAAGCCGUUUUUAGUUUUAUCAGUACUUGGUCCGGAAUCUGUGCCCACUACGAAAAAUACGAGGUACGAGAUAGCCGAUUCUGGAGCUACCAAUUUUCAAGCUGCUUCAAUGCAUGAUAUUUUUGUUGGAAUUCAGGGUACAAUUACUAAUCCAGAAGAUAAAGACAUGUCUUUAGAAAGGAGGCAAUGUAGGCGCUACUGGGAAAACAAUCUAAAGCAUUUCAAAUAUUACACGCAGGCCAACUGCGAAAUCGAAUGCUAUAUUGAGGCUCAGAAGAAGUUUUGUGGAUGUGCAGCCCAUAUCUUCCCUAGGCUGGUACUGUAA